UGGUCAGCCUUGUUCAGCGAUGUGCCCCCCACUUCUUCCGUGACUGUCCCCUCACCCUUUUCACUUCACUUUACAUCUUCAUAGAUCCCUAUCAAAUUUGCACCCAUUUUCAGUAUAAAAACUAGAAAUCCCAACAAGAAUUGAUCUAUAUAUUCAAUAGUUAUCAUGUUUACUCCAAAACCCUCUUCAAGAUUUGUCCUUUUUACCUUAAUACUUCUUCUCUUGCUCAGCUUUUUGGCUCCAUCAAUUUCUUCUGAGCUUGACUUAGAUGAUGAAGAUGGUGAUGACAUGGAAGGUUUGGAAGAACUCAUAGCAUUGGAUGAAGAAGAAGAUUUGCAGCAAAAACCGGAAGGGGCGCAUCAUGAGAAGCAAUCUGAAGCUGAGUUUGUAAGUAAGGCACAAAGAAUAGUACUUGAGCUUAAUAAUGACAAUACUAAGAGGGCAAUUGAUGGAAAUGAGUAUGUUUUGGUUCUGGGUUACACUCCCUGGUGCGCCAGGAGUGCGGAGUUAAUGCCGAAAUUUGCUGAGGCUGCUACUGCUCUCAAAGAAUUGGGGAGUCCGCUUUUGAUGGCGAAGAUUGAUGCUGAACGAUACCCUAAAGUUGCUUCUACUCUCGAGAUCAAAGGGUUCCCGACUUUGCUUCUGUUUGUCAAUGGCACUUCUCAACCUUACACUGGUGGAUUCUCCGCGGAAGAACUUGUUAUCUGGGCAAGGAAGAAGACAGGUGUACCUAUUAUUAGAAUUAGCUCAGAUGCUGAAGCAAGACACUUUCUCAAGAAGCAUACCAUGUUUGUGGUUGGUGUGUUUGAGAAAUUUGAGGGACCUGAUUAUGAUGAAUUUACAAAAGCAGCUGAAAUGGACAAUGAAAUUCAGUUUGUGGAAACUAACAAUGCAGAAUUUGCCAAGCACCUCUUCCCUGAUUUUAAGCCAACCAGACUUUUCCUUGGUCUAGUUAAAAGUGAGCCAGAGAAAUACACUGAUUAUGAAGGAAUCUUCAGUACAGAUGGAAUCUUACAGUUUUUGGAUGAUAACAAGUUCCCCUUAACUACAGUACUUACUGAACUUAACGCUGCUAGAGUUUACUCCAACACAAACAAACUUCAGGUGUUGAUAAUUGCUGAGCCUGAUGACUUCAAGAAACUUGUGGAACCUUUGCAAGACGUUGCAAGAAAGUUCAAAUCAAAGAUAAUGUUCAUAUUUGUAGAUAUUAGAGAGGAAAAUCUUGCAAAGCCCUUCCUCAGUAUGGUUGGUCUAGAAGAAUCAAAAGACUCCGUGGUAGUAUCUUUCAACUACAGUAGCAGCUUGAAGUACUUGUUGGAGUCAGAUACCACACCAACAAGCAUAGAAGACUUUUGUUCAGGUCUUCUGAGUGGAACUGUGUCACCAUACUACAAAUCACAACCAAUUCCUGAUAACAAGAACAUGAGCAUUCUGACAGUUGUUGGUAAGACCUUUGAUGAAUUGAUCCUGAACAGUCCCGAAAACAUUCUUCUAGAGAUAUACACACCAUGGUGCAUAAAUUGUGAAACCACAAGCAAGCAAAUGGAGAAGUUGGCCAAGCAUUUCAAAGGUUUGGACAACUUGAUCUUUGCAAGGAUAGAUGCUUCCCUAAAUGAACAUCCGAAAUUACAGGUUGAUGACUAUCCAACUCUUCUCUUCUACUUAGCAGAUGACAAGACUAAUCCAAUACCACUUCCUACAAAAUCAAGCACAAAAGAAUUGGCUGCUCUCAUCAACAAGAAUUUGAAAGAAUACAGCCGUGAAAUUAGAGAUGAACUAUAGGAAACAGUUUCAUGCAGGGACAAGCUAAUUAGUUUGAAGACGAGGAGAAUUAUACAUCAUAUAUAUGAUACCUGCCGGUUAUAUGAGUAGAUAUUUCAGAGAGUUGAGAUAGAGGUCAACAGUUGAGUAAACAGUUGAGCAUAUUGACGUGAACAUUUCUGUAACCCCAUCCAAAACCUGAAUUUAAAUACAUAGUAUACUAUUACAUGUAUUUGGAGCAUAUUGUAUGAUUUAAAAUGUUGGGAUUACAUCACAUGUUGAUGCUUAUAUCUAGUGCUCAAUCAACUUUGAGUUGAAUAACAAGUCAAGUUUGCAUG